AUGGUUUGGUCACGGUGCAGAGAUGGUCCUAGCCUUGAGCUGACCGGCUCCAAUGGAUGUCACGCCGCGCCGGCCGGUCUUAAAACAGAACACCUGAGGGUACCCUUCAGUCUUGGUCAAGAUGAAGUGGACUCUGGUACGUAUGACUGGGAUACUUGUAGCGGGCUAGCGCCUUUAGUUUACACCUUCAUCGUCCAUGUGGAAGGUGACUUGGGCCGAGAGGAAACUGCAGGAGUAGUAUGGGAUCAAGGAAGAGAUCAUGGGGAAGGGCAAGAGUUCAAAGGAUUUAGUGGAUUUGGAGGAUUUAGCCCAGGGGGGGUUUUCGGUGAUUAUGCAAGGGAUGGAGCAAUAGGAGGUGGUGGAGGAGGAGGUUGUGAGUGUUCUGGGGCAGGUGGUGGUGGAGCUAGAAAAGGGGGUGGUGGAUGGUCUUGGAGUUACGGGAAGGGCGGUGGUAGAGGUUUCGGAUUCUAUGGAGGCCCUGGGUUUGGAAAAGAAGGGGGAGGGUUCCACUUCGGUGGUGGAGGUUUCAAUAAAGGAGGAGAUGGAGGAUUUGCGGGUGGCCAUGGUCCUGGAGAUGGGUUUACUUUCGAAAAAGGUCACGAACAUGGGCACGGUGGGGGCGAUAAGAGUAGUGGGGAAAGUGAAGAAAAGUGUACUACUUGUGAGGAAAAGUGCACAACUUGCGAAGAAGACGAAGUGAGUGAUGGUAAAGAAGAGGACGAAGAAGGAGGUGGUGGUAAAGGGGACUCAGCCGCUUACAGAGUGGUCACCUUGGAGUUGGUUCUCGGGGAUCUGGAGACGGCAGAGACUGCUGGUGUGGGCGGCGAUGGAGGCGGCAAGGGAGGUGCAAUGAAAGGAGGUGGAGGUGCUGCCAUGAAAGGAGGUGGAGGUGGAGGCCAUGGAGGAGGAGGCGGUGGUGGAGGUGGUAAAGGAGGCGGAGGAGGUGCUGAAUGGAUCGGAGGAGGAGGUCACGGAGGAGGUGAAGGUGCCGGAUACGGAAGUGGCUACGGGAGCGGUGGUGGCAGUGGAGGAGGAAAGGGAGGUGGUGGAGGCGGAGGAGGUGGCAAAGGAGGCGGAGGGGGAGGCGGAGGUGUGAAUCCCAACCAGUUGGCUAGGCAGCAUUCCAGCAUGCGGAAUGGCAGCAGUGAGCAGUGGGUGGGUGGCCAAGUUCACGGACAAGGCACACAGACCGGUUGCGGAGUGCCGACCUGCCCAACCGGUCCACUCCUUGCUAUUUAUGGUCUGAAAAUAUCUCAGAUGAGUUUGCAAAACAGACAGGAUCUGUAA